AUGAAAGUCGCUAUUGUUACAGGAGCCAAUCGGGGAAUCGGAAAGGGGUUGGUAGAGCGCUUUGCACGCGAACUCCAGCCCUCCUCCGACUGGCACAUCUAUCUGACAGCGCGGAACGAGAAGUUGGGUCUGAAGGCUGUUAAGUCACUUGAGGAGAAGGGUCUCUCCGUUAAGUUCCACCAACUAGACAUCACUGAUUCGGCGAGUCGCAGGCGUUUGGCGCAUUUCAUGGAGAAGAACUACCCAGAGGGGAUACACAUCCUUGUCAACAAUGCCGGCAUCCUCAAUGAUAGUGGUCCUUCCUCUACAUAUGGUGAUCGGGCAAAGGCCACCAUGUUGGUUAACUACACAGGCAACGUGGACAUGUGCAAGGAGUUUCUUCCUCUUAUGGCAACUGACUCAAGGCUGGUGAACAUGUGCACUGGUGAUCUUGUGUGGGCAUUCCAGGGCAUAAGUAAGGAACUCUCGGACCGUUUCAGGCGUCCAAUGACUUUGGAGGAACUUGAUGAGAUUAUGGCGUCUUUUGUGAGUCACGCACAAAAGGGGGACCACAGAAAGGCCGGUUUCGUCCAAUCAGCCUACGGCGUUUCGAAAUUGGGCUUCUACAAAGCCACUGUCAUUCUGGCCGAACAGAUGAAAUCAGACCCCCGGCACAUUCUCAUCAACUGCUGCUGUCCAGGGUAUGUGAAGACUGAUAUGACAGGUUAUUGUGGCAACAAGACAAUUCCUGAGGGUGUUGACACACCCUUCUACUUGGCCACUCUUCCGGUGGGCUGCACAGAGCCCUACGGUGAAUUCAUCAGCGAGCGCAAAGUGGUCGACCUCGAUCAACCCUUCUACUUCUAG